AUCAGAAGCUCGACAGGCACAUUGUGGGCGGGGUUAUGGUAGUAAACGUUAGAUUGUGUGAAUAGAUUAGUUCGCACCGGAGGAGGGAGGUAGAACUGGUGGUUCCUGCAGACGGCCAGUGACGGCGGAAAUGCCGGUUCAUUCGAGAGAGAAGAAGGAGAGUAACCACAAUGACAUGGAGGUGGAUUACCCGGAAAACGAGGGCAGCAGCUCGGAGGAUGAAGACACGGAUAGCUCCAGCGGCAGCGAGGAGGGAGACAGCUCGGAAAUGGACGAUGAAGACUGUGAGCGGCGGCGAAUGGAAUGCCUAGAUGAAAUGUCCAACCUUGAAAAGCAGUUUACAGAUUUAAAAGACCAACUUUACAAAGAACGGUUGAGUCAAGUGGAUGCCAAAUUGCAGGAAGUGAUUGCUGGCAAAGCUCCUGAGUACUUAGAACCACUGGCAACCUUACAAGAGAACAUGCAGAUACGGACAAAAGUGGCAGGAAUAUAUCGAGAGCUGUGCUUAGAAUCUGUAAAGAACAAGCAUGACUGUGAAAUUCAGGCAGCCCGCCAACACUGUGAGAGUGAGAAGUUGUUACUCUACGACACUGUUCAAAGUGAACUAGAAGAAAAAAUACGCAGACUGGAAGAAGAUCGUCACAGCAUUGAUAUUACAUCAGAGCUGUGGAAUGAUGAAUUGCAAUCUCGGCGGAAACGCAAGGACCCGUUCAGUCCUGAUAAAAAGAAGAAGCCUGUUGUUGUCUCUGGUCCAUAUAUUGUUUACAUGUUGCAAGACUUGGAUAUACUUGAAGACUGGACUACUAUUAGAAAGGCCAUGGCAACAUUGGGUCCACAUCGCGUAAAAUCUGAAGUUACAGUGAAGCUGGAAAAACAUCAGCAUAGUGCCAGAUCAGAGGAUGGUCGACUGCAUUAUGAUGGAGAGUGGUACGGCCGUGGGCAGACUAUCAGCAUUGACAAGAAGGACGAGUAUCCUACAAGGUGUGCCAUCAUCACAACCGUAAACAACGACGAGGUAUGGUUUAAGAGACAAGAUGGCAGCAAGUCUAAGCUGUACAUCUCCCAGCUCCAGAAAGGAAAAUACAGUAUCAAGCACAUCUGACUGGCUGACCCCAUCAGCAUAUCCACUAGACUUGCUCUAUUCCUCUGGGGAUGGAAUCUGUGCCAAGUCAUGGGGAAGUCUAUUGAUUUGCUCUGACUAUUUUUAAAGUAUUUUUGGGAAUGUUUGUGAGCAUGUUGGAGUAUUAUGACUGUGUAUCUGUGUUUAAAGUGUUAUGUAGACAAUGUCAAGAUAAUCAUUCAUAAGAUUUAUUUGUGCAUAUCUUGGAUACAACGACUCGAAUACCUCUUGACCUCAGAGUGGCAUAUACUUUACAGGUGAGCUGUCCGUACCAUCUUUAUCCAUAAGGCUGUGUACGGCAAACUGUUGAUUUCCAUAUGGCUUACCAUCCGUGAACAGUAAUUGCACUUAACAGUCCUCACAGACAAUGAGAAGGCAGCGUAUUCUCACUUGGCUACAUUGGGGUGCCAAUGCUAAUGAAAAGUGCUGCAGUAUUAAACCUAUCACUUGUAUUAUAUAUGCAUUUAUUUAUGUCAUGCAUGACUUGCUCUCUCUAGUGGUAUAAGGACCUCUUUAACGAAGUUUGAACAAUGUUCUGACAGAUCUGAAUAGCUGUAGGGUCUCUUAUGUACAAAUUAUAACUCGUUCUGUUUAAAGAACCAACAAAAGCCCUUCACAUGUACUUUGGCUUUUUUUUUUUUAAUAUUCAGUGGUGUGCCUGCCGUUCAGAUGAAGUAUCUGAUAUAUUUUUAAUCAUUUCUAUGAGCAUCUUUCAAUGAAUUAUUGAAACAUCUUUUAUUAGAGUAAAGCCACUUAGGUUAUAAGCUAAAGUGUUUGUUGAACAUCUAUUCAAACUAAGUGUUUUCAGUGUAUCCAUUGAAAGUAAAUGUUUGAAUUGAUGAUAAAUUCUUUUAUGUAGGGACCAAUAAAAAUGUCUUGUGCGUUUAGCAAGUGGAAAA